UCUUAAGAAAAGGAAAAUAGAAAACCCUAACUUUCCGCCCAUCAAUGGAUUCUCAAAUUAAUAAACCAAUUCCUUCGGACACAAUAUCAAACACUAAUUCCAUCAAUCCCUUCAAUCAAAUACCCAUUGAAACAAUCAUCGAAAUCCUCUCUAGACUCCCCAUCAAAUCCCUAAUCCAGUUUACCUUCACCUGCAAAACCUUGAAUCCUCUUUCCACCGAUCCUCACCUUAUUACUCUCCACCUCUCUCGAUCCGAUGAAUCAUAUAUCAUAAUUCAUUCCAAUCGCCCCUUCAAAAACCAACUCUAUUUCCUCAAUUUUUCUGACCAAAAAGUUUGCAAAUUUGAAAUCCCCUUUGCUCUUUUCAAUUCGGAUUUCAACAUCAUAGCUUCAAGCAAUGGUUUACUUUGUCUCAUCGAUCCAUUUUUUCCUACGCAUGUUUCUCUAUACAAUCCCUUCACAGGGGGAUACGCUGAGCUCCCACCUAAGAUCGAUUUCCAUGAAACAAUUAUUAUCCAUGGAUAUGGGUUCGAUCCUAUUUCCCAUGAUUAUAAAGUCGUCCAAAUCGUGUACGAUAAAGAUCUUUAUUCUCCUUAUGCUAUCAGGGAAAAUCAAGGAUCAAUUGAGUCAUUUUCAUCCAAUGUUGAUGUGUAUAGUCUACGUAGCAAUGUGUGGAUGAAUAAAGGGGUUGCUCCCUAUUUAUUAGAGAAAUGGUCAUCUCCCGGAGUUUUAGUGAACCACAAGCUCCAUUGGGUAAGUAUAUGGGGAAGGAAUCCCACUGGUCGUGUGAUUGUUUCAUACAACUUGGUUGAUGAUACAUUCACUGAGAUUGCCUUCCCAAGCUUUGAAUCUUUCAGUAGAAGGAUUAAGAGUCAACUCUUGGCAUUAAAUGGAUGUCUUUGUGCUUCUAUGCCCCGCUCUUCAGGGUGUUGGACAUUUGACAUAUGGGUUAUGAGAGAGUAUGGGGUGAAUGAAUCGUGGGUAAAAGAGUAUUCAAUAGGCAUAUACUACCCAAAUUUGACGAUUAGCAACAAUUCAGAGCGAUUGCCAAACAUGUCGGCGAAGAAAAUAGUGAAGGUGUUGUGUGCCUUGAAGAGUGGAGAAUUAGUUAUGCAAUAUAGAAGAGAUGGUUUGGUUUUGUAUGAUCCUCGUAGCAAAAGAUUUAAGGAAUUGGAGUACAAGGGAAUGCCAAAAAUUAAUCAAGCAAUCGUUCAUGUCGGAAGUCUGGUGUCUCCACAUUUGGGUUGAAUCAAGUUCAAGCAACAAUGACCAAAGUAUGAGAUACUUAGCCUCAUUAAAGUGGAUUAAAGGUGUUAUGGAAUUGUAGACAAACUCUACAAAGCGAUAUGGGUAUCAUUUUUAAAAUUACUACAUACUAAAUAUGCUAAAUCUUAUAUUAUUAUUAGUGGAUUCUUGAUAACAAUG